AUGUGGAGACUAUGUGGAGACUAUGUGGAGACCAUAGCGCCGCGGACCAAACCCUCCCGGACCAAACCCUCCCGGACCAAAGCCUCCCGGACCAAACCCUCCCGGACCAAACCCUCCGGACCAAACCCUCCGGACCAAAGCCUCCGGACCGCCGACAUUACACAAGUCCACCGGUGCGGGGCCGGUGGGGGGCCGGUGGGGGGCCGUGAGAUUGUUAACCACAGUCGCACGUCCUGCCCGGGAGCACAACCGUCGACGCAAACAGGAAACGGAGCAGAGCACUUCCUGUCCUCUCGACCAAUGGGAGGGGGCCGGCUCCGGUGA